AUUCGUUGUUGCGCGCGGUUUUAGAUUUUGUAGUCCGUGUGCGCUGUGUUGCUUGCGCCGAAAUCUUAGCGCACUCAGGUCUUCUAAGUCUGAGUUAUCAAACACGUGAUGGAUAACAGUUUUCGGUCUUUGUACUUCAGUAGACAGUUGUCCUUAAAGGCAUUCGACAUGAAAUAAAACUGGGUGCGAUGUCACCCAGUUUCGAAACACCUAAACUACUUUAGCCUGUUUGAAAUAGUGCUCGCCGGAUAUGGUUAAGUGCAUAAAACAGUUAGAAUUUUAUUUAUUUGCGCAGACCAGUUGCAAUGUCAUUUGUACUUAUGUAUAAGUACACAAUAUAAUAUCAACGGUAAAGCGACCAUUGGUUAGCUUUACUGUCAACUUUCAUCUAACGUGCCUUUUUAAUUCGUGUUCUGUGCACAUAUAGAUACAUAGGUGAGAAUGUCUGUAUAAAUUUUUGGCGAGUCUGUAACGUCUGUUGUUUAGGCGGCUGAAUCUAUUACUUCAGACUGCUCUAGAUACGAAUGUGGAGAUGCAUUAUUUAUCUAGCUUAGUAAGUAGCAUUCUGUGCUUAUGUUCGAAUAAGGAGUCCAAAUUCAUAAGUCUAGGGUGGUAAUAUCUGGUGCUUCCGGUGUUAAUUUGCUCAUGCUUGGAUCGCUUGUAUGUAGGCGACUGUUGUUUUAAUAUAAAAUAUUUCUAUAGUUGUCUCUAUGCAGAUGUUUUAGUCCUUUCCACCUCACCUGCAUUAUAACCCCCUUCUAUUUCACUGAAUCCAUUUACAUGGAGGCGUAUCUUAUCAUUGAAAUCUAUUCCAUGUUGGUCGUAUUAUAGAAAGUAAAAGAAAAUAUGCAAAAGCUACUCAAUAAAACGAAUCCUUAUAAGUUAGUGAAAUGUCUGCAAGUGUUAGAAUUGUCUAGAGAUAUCAAUCACUCUUUCACUGGUCUGAAUAUGUAUGCGUCACCACUGAGUGCUACAUCACUGUCUUCUGAUUACACCUCAUUUCGUCUAUGAAAUUUCUGGAAUGGUUUCGCAGCGCUUAGUCGGCUUAUUCAAGCUCCAAAAUGUGAACUGGUUUUUCAACUAUAAUUACUUCACAUUAUAUUAUUUGUGACAUUUCUUUAACCGUUCCUCGGUACAUGUAUUUGGUCAUUCGUAUUAUGAUAUUUGGCCUUUGGAUUUGAUUUCCAGCCAUUGUGAACAGUAGUACUUAGUGAACUAAGAACUUCUUUUUGUGACAUUCUGUUUUGUUAUUUGCAGCUUGUGAUAUUCUCACUUUUUGUGUAUAAAUGGAAAAUCCUGGGCUAGCUACACCAGUAAAAAUAUCUCCAUAUGGUGAUGAAUUUGGAAUAACUACUCCCUCAGGCGGUUUGAUUUUCAAUCCAUUUCACAAGGAGUUUCUUAAUCGUGUUGGACAAGUGAACUUUAGCCCUGGAAUAUUUGCCUAUAAUCCAAGUCCAAUAGGUAAAAGUGGUUCAAGGAGGAAUACUCCUAGUCGGAAAAAUGCACAUAUCAAUUUAUCCCCCGACAUCCAAGGAGAUUUGUUUCCUGCAGAUAUAGAUGAGAAUCCAAUUUUACAAUUGAAACUUCAAGAGAAGCUUGAUACACAAUGUGACGAUGAAAUUCAAAAUACAAUCCACAGCUUUUUCAAGAAUCACCUAAUCGCACCUAGUCCUGAUACUUUUGUUGACUCACCAUCAAAAUCCCAUACCAUCCUCCUUCCACGGACUUCAUCUCUUCUGCCAACAGCAACUCCUUUAGGAAAAAAGAAAAAGAAUUCAUACAUGCUAGAAAACAAUUCGAAUCCCAUGUGUGAAGUUGCUGUCCAGACAGCUAUCUCUAUGCCUCCAUCAUUCGAUUUUGAAUCAAUUAUGCGAAAUGUACUUGAACAAAAUCAUUCAACAACAGAUUCAUCCAAUCAGAAAUCUAUUAUCAAGUUGAAAAGAACAUCUACUGAAUUAGACAGUCUAACUGAUAAUCAGUUACAUUCAGAUUUAAAAUCUGCACCAAUAAUGAAUAAUAUUUCCCUGUCAGCUUGUUCAGUACAUCGUCCAGUCAAUUCAAAUUCAAAUAAUACUAAUAACAAUAAUUCUGCAUCAAUACAGCGUAAAAAUUCUCGUCAUUGGCUUAGUCGACGUAGUCUCUUCUCUGAUUCAUCGGAAGUUAAUGAAGAGCAUGAUUAUGCAGUUGUGGAUGGUGAUGAAUUAAAUGAACAGCGUACAAUUACAUCAUCCGACGAUUUAAGUAAUCGUUGCCAUCGAACAGACUCUUCAUCUAUUCAACCAACAUGUUCCACAUAUUUGUCUUCUACGCAAAUGGAGAAUCCUUGUACAAAAUUCAGUGUUGAAAAAUUCUGUCCAAAUGAAACCAAUUGUUCAUUGAUUAAGGAAACAGCUGCAUUACAAAUGUGUUUGCCUGCUAGCUGGGCUGAUACUGGGAUUAGUGAUGAUGAUGAUGAUGACGAUGAUAAUGAUAGCUAUGAUGGGACUACACACAAUGAAGACGGUAUGUCAAAUGCAACGGAUCUAGAUAAUUCAGUCAAUAUGCGUACCCUGAAUGGAACAACAAUUGAGCAUACCAAUAAUAAUAACUCAUUAGAUGAUGUUGUCAGCUGUGGGGGUUGUUAUUCUAGACCAAUGCAUUUAUCUAUUGACUAUUGUUCAUCUCAAAUGAAUUCCCCAAAACAUCUUGAUCAACAUUUUCGUUGUGGCAGUACCAGUCCAGGUGUUUGUUACACUGAUAUCUCAUUUCAUAGUCCUGAUUUAUCGCCAAUCUUACCUGCUGCUCGACAAGUUAAUAAUAAUUCUGUUGUUUUUCAUUUGAAUUCUGCUGAAGGCAAAAAUACUUCAGAUAUCAAAUCGAAUGAUAGUGAUAGUAGUCAUGAGGUGCCUAUGCCUGCUAAAUGCUUAUUUCCAACAAAUUUGAAUAAAUCUAACUAAUGAUUUAUUACUAUUAUCUAUCAGUAAUAGUUUUAAUAUUAAUAUUAUUUGUCUCCUAGUAUAUUUUAUAAUACGAGUAUUUGAUUGUCAUUGGUUAUGUGUUUUUAGAAUUCUUCUCUUUUUUUAAUUCCCUGAAGUCGAAAUUGUAGACGAUAGUUUUUCUAACAAAAUGCCGAAUGUAUUUAUUUGCCAAAUGUGUAUCUUCUAAUAAUAAGGCAGAAUGGGAAAUAGAGAGAGGCGAGGAGACUUUUACAUUGUCUACAUCCGCAUAACAAAGAAAUUUUAAACUCAUUGCUGAUUGAUUUGGAAAGUUUGUGUAGAUUUAAAAUUGUAUACAACUUCUAAUUCUACACUUUGUAUGUCUUUAGUUGUAUUGUAUACAUCUUGAAAAUUCUCUCCAAUGUUUACUAAUUACUUAUAGUCUACUUGUAUAUUUUGCCACCUUAUUUUGUAAACAGACAAGAAGAUUAAUGCUUGUUUGUAUGUGUGUGUGUGUAUGAACACAUAUGAAUUGAUUGUAUCCAAAUAACUAACCGAAUAUGUUGUCUUUCUUCUUUCAAUGUCUCCAUUCUAAGUGCUGAUUAUUACUAUGUAC